UCCGCUAUCUUUAAGAGCUCUAUCUAACUCUUUCUUGAAAGCAUCCAGAGAAUUGGCCUCCACAGCCUCCUGGGGCAGAGCAUUCCACAUAUCCACCACUCUCUGGGUGAAAAAGUUUUUCCUCAACUCCGUUCUAAAUGGCCGACCCCUUAUUCUUAAACUGUGUGCCUCUGGUUCUGGACUCACCCAUCAGCGAGAACAUGUUUCCUGCCUCCAGCGUGUCCAGUUCCUUAAUAAUCUUAUAUGUUUCAAUCAGAUCCCCUCUCAUCCUUCUAAAUUCCAGUGUAUACAAGCCCAGUCGCUCCAAUCUUUCAAUAUAUGACAGCCCCGCCAUCCCGGGAAUUAACCUUGUGAACCUACGCUGCACUCCCUCAAUAGCUAGAAUGUCCUUCCUCAAAUUUGGAGACCAAAACUGCACACAGUACUCCAGGUGUGGUCUCACCAGGGCCCUGUACAACUGCAGAAUGACCUCUUUGCUCCUAUACUCAACUCCCAUUAUUAUGAAGGUCAGCAUGUCAUUAGCUUUCUUCACUGCCUGCUGUACCUGCAUGCUUACUUUCAGUAACUGAUGAACAAGGACACCUAGAUCUCGUUGUGCUUCCCCUUUUCCUAACUUGACUCCAUUCAGAUAAUAAUCUGCCUUCCCGUUCUUAUCACCAAAGUGGAUAACCUCACAUUUAUCCACAUUAAACUGCAUCUGCCAUGCAUCUGCCCACUCACCCAACCUGUCCAAGUCACCCUGCAUUCUCGUAACAUCCUCCUCACAUUUCACACCGCCUCCCAGCUUUGUGUCAUCGGCAAAUUUGCUAAUGUUAAGAGAUUUAGCAUGUCAACAAAUACGCUCAAAAACUUCUCUAGUUGUACGGUGGAGAGCAUUCUGACAGGCUGCAUCGCUGUCUGGUACGGAGGGGCUACUGCACAGGACCGAAAGAAGCUGCAGAGGGUUGUAAAUCUAGUCGGCUCCAUCUUGGGCUCUCGCCGACAAAGUACCCGGGACAUCUUCAGGGAGCGGUGUCUCAGAAAGGCAGCGUCCAUGAUUAAGGACCCUCCAGCACCCAGGGCUUGUCCCUUUUCUCACUGUUACCAUCAGGCUAAUCGUGUGCCUCCUCCUGGCCCCUCCGGCCUCCGGGUCCACCGCUCUGACCGGGCUCCAGGGCGACUUCCACUCGCCGGGAUACCCGCAGGGGUACCCCGACGACCUUCACCUGACGUGGGAGAUCCAGCUCCCCCCGGGGUACGGGGUCGAGCUGCGCUUCGCGCAUGUCGACAUCGAGCCGUCGCAGGGCUGCGCCUACGAUCACCUGCAGAUUCUGACCGAGGAAGCUCUCUCGCCCCCCAUCUGCGGCAGCAGCCGGAAGGGGCACCGGUACUUCCCCUAUCCGCUCGUCUACCGGACGCCCCGUCGCUGGAUGAGGGUCUCGUUCACCUCCGACUUCUCGAACAGCCGGCGGUACACCGGGUUCUCGGCCUCCUACACGGCCGUGGAUAUCGACGAGUGCGCGGAAUCGAGCUCCUGCAGCCACUUCUGCAACAAUUACAUCGGCGGCUACUUCUGCAGCUGCCGCCCCCGCUACCACCUCCUGGAGGACGGCGCCCGCUGUGGGGUCAACUGCAGCGGGCAGGUCUUCACCAGGUUCAAGGGGGAGUUCGCUAGCCCCAACUACCCGCUCCCUUACGCGGAGAAUUCCCACUGCCACUACCGGAUACAGAUCGAGCCGGGGUUUGAGGUCAUCCUGCGCUUCGAGGGAGACUUCCACGUGGAAGGGGACCCGUUGAUCGGCUGCAGGACCGACGUGUUGAAGAUCAAGUCGGGAAGGAAAGAGUACGGGCCAUUCUGUGGGGACCAGGCGCCCAGCCUCCCGGACCAGCUGGAGAACACAGUGGACAUCACAUUCCAGACAGAUGGCACAGGGGAGCAGGGAGGCUGGCAGAUCAAGUACCACUCGACCGCCAAGCAGUGCCCCCUAGACGUGGUUGAGCAAGGGAUAAUCUCCCCGCAGAGGGAUGAGUACGAUUACCGCGACACCGUCCAACUGCACUGUGAGCGAGGCUACGAAAUCUUGGACCUGGUCCGGGGCAGCCACCCGGCCUCGGCGCUGCUGCUCUGUCAACGGGACGGGACCUGGAACGCCUCGUCCGUCGCGUGUGUCCCCGUCGACUGUGGGGAGCCCCGGCGCCUGCGGCACGGUACGGCUGCUUUCUCCGCCACCCUCUUCCGGAACCGCGUCAAGUACAGCUGUGAGGAGCCCUAUUACGCCCUGGAGGGCGCCGAGGAGUUUGAAUGCUCGGACAGCGCAGAAUGGGUCGCCGUUGAAAGCGGGGAGGCAACGAUGCCGAAAUGCACGCCAGUCUGCGGGGCCUGCCACGUCCUCUCGGGCACGGGCCGCAUCUUCGGCGGCUCCCUCGCACGGCCGGGCCAGAUCCCGUGGCAGGUCCGCCUGCGGCUGCCCUCCAUGGCGGGCGGCGGGGCGCUGCUGAGCGACGGGUGGGUGCUGACCGCCGCCCACGUCGUCGAGACGGCGCUCCGGCCCCUGAUCAUCGCCGGGGUCACCAACCUUAGGACCGCGGGGCGGGAGGAGCGGCAGGAGCUGGAGGCCGAGAAGGUAUUUCUCCACCCGGGCUACCGCAAGCAGGUCCUGGGAUACCCGAACUACGACAACGACGUGGCCCUGGUGAAGCUGAAGAGGAGGGCGAAGUUGGGCCCCACCGUGGCCCCGCUCUGCCUGCCCGGGCCUGGGGAGAUCGAGGCACCCUCGGUCGGGACCCUGGGUCUGAUCGCGGGCUGGGGCAGGACGGAGAAUAAUUCCCGGCGCUCCUACGACCUCCUCUCGGCCCGGAUCCCGGUGGUGGACAUGGACCUCUGCCGGCGGGGCGACUACGCAGGCCAGGCCCCCGUCUUCACGGAGAACAUGGUGUGCGCCGGACUGCCCGGCACCGACUCCUGCCAGGGAGACAGCGGCGGGGCCUACGUCUUCCUGGGCUCCGGCGGCCGGUGCGUGGCCCGCGGGAUCGUCUCCUUCGGGCCCCUGCAGUGUGGGAGCUACGGCGUGUACACUCAGCUGGGGAAGUACGCGGACUGGAUGCGGGACGUGAUGGCGGAGAACGGGCAGUGGGAGGACGACGAGUAGGGCGAACGGCCCGGCGAAAUUUAUGUCUACCCCACCACCACACCCCCUCCCCACCCCCCCCCCACACACACACACACACACACACACACACACACAAUAAAAUGAAAUCAGACAGUCCUUGUACACACUGGAAUUUAGAAGGAUGAGAGGGGAUCUGAUUGAAACAUAUAAGAUUAUUAAGGGAUUGGACACGCUGGAGGCCGGAAGCAUGUUCUCCCUGAUGGGUGAGUCCAGAACCAGAGGCCACAGUUUGAGAAUAAGGGGUAGGCCAUUUAGAACGGAGUUGAGGAAAAACUUUUUCACCCAGAGAGUGGUGGAUAUGUGGCCUGCUCUGCCCCAGAAGACAGUGGAGGCCAAGUCGCUGGAUGCUUUCAAGAAAGAGUUAGAUAGAGCUCUUAAAGGGAUACGGGGAGAAGGCAGGAACUGGAUACUGAUUGUGUAUGAUCAGCCAUGAUCACAGUGAAUGGCGGGGCUGGCUCGAAGGGCCGAAUGGCCUACUCCUGCACCUAUUGUCUGCUGUCUGUUGUCCACAAAAUCUAUUGCAUGCAAACUCGAAUAAACCAAGGUAAUCGUGAAGAAAAAUAAUAAUUAGCGGAGCUUUGUCAAUUUCAUCGACUCUGCUUCUAUCUUCCACCCAGCUCUCAAGUUCACUGGGUCCAUCCCGGACGCUUCUUCUCCCCUUUCUCGAUCACUCGGUCUCCAUCUCUGGAGACAGACUGUGCACUGACGUCUUCUACAAACCCACUGACUCUCAUAACUACCUCGACUACACCUCGUCCCACCCCGCCACAUGCAGAAAUGCCAUUCCCUAUUCCCAGUUCCUCCGUCUCCGCCGCAUCUGCUCCGAGGAUGAGGUUUUCCGUUCCAGGACAUCUCAAAUGUCCUCUUUCUUUAAGGAUCGUGGUUUCCCUUCUACAGCCAUCAAUGAUGCCCUCACACGCAUCUCCUCAAUUUCCCGCACAUUGGCCUUCACCCCAUCUUCCCGCCACCACAACAGGGACAGAGUUCCCCUUGUCCUCACCUACCACCCCACCAGCCUCCGGAUCCAGCACAUUAUCCUCCGCAACCUUCAACAGGAUCCCACCACUAGGCACAUCUUUCCCUCUCCACCCCUCUCCGCAGGGAUCGGUCCCUCCGCGACUCCCCGGUCCACACGUCCCUCCCCACGGAUCUCCCACCCGGCACCUAUCCCUGUAAGCGCAAGUGCUACACCUGUCCCCACACCUCCUCUCUUGCCACCAUUCAGGGCCCCAAACCCUCCUCCCAGGCGAGGCAACACUUCACCUGUGAGCCGUAAAAUCAAAAUACCCUGCAGGUGCUGGGGUCAAAGCAACACACACAGCACGCUGGAGGAACGCAGCAGGUCGGGCAGCAUCCGUGGAAACGAUCGGUCGACGUUUCGGGCCGGAACCCUUCGU